UAGAAAAGAUCUAAUUAAAUCCUUUACUCAGAUGUUUCCUUGAAUGUAGACAAGGUUUAAUUAACUGUUUUAGUCAGAUGUUUCUUUGAAUGAAGCCCUAGCUGUAAAACUAUGGUAGCUACUUGGUGUCCGAUCUCUGAAUUUACCUGUUAUAGAUUAAAAUUUGAGGAUAUUGAGUUCUUGAACAGAUCAGAUAAAAAUGGCGAGGAAUCCGAGGUUUGAAAGAUCCUCUAUUAGCCCAGAUGGAUCAAAUUUUCCCAGGAGGGGUACAUCAUUACAUGUAGAAAAUUUGCCUCUGUCACAGGUUCUGCUUUUGGAUAAACUGUCAAUUGGAGAUCAUACAUAUCGUCAUCCAGAACUAAAACCGGUGACCAAUGCUGUAGUAGGAACUGUAGCAGAAGAUCCAUUAUUGGGUCCAGUGCAGGCUAAACCUCUUUCUUCUCUUGGAGUAGAAGAGCUGAAGCGAGUAAGGAGUUGUGUCACUGAAAAUUCUCUCAAGGCGAGAGAGCGCAUAAAUUUUUUGAAUGAAGCUAUAUACAAAUUAGAUAGAUAUCAUAGGCCAGUGUUGCCGAGAAAGAGGUCUCAAAUAGAACUACCAGCACCUGUGCCAAAUAAACAAGUUCACACCUCCAUGAAGAAUAUGCAGGUGGAAGAGCGCCCCUACAAUAUGCCUAGAUCAUCUGUAAUGACAGAUAGGGAAAGAGAUAUAUUGAGGUCUGCAAAAGAUGCAAGUCAGUUAAAACACGAGGAUCAGACCUUAACAGUUGGAAGUGAAAGCAGGAAAAAGGCAAAAAUGACAGGAAGAUAUUCUGGAACGAAGUUAUAUGUUUCUGUCAAGGUAGUAGCAAAUAGAAUGUUGGAUGGAGAUAGUGAUUAUAAACAGGGUAUACAGCAAAGGUCCAGCACUGAUAGCCACUCGAGGCCAAGUGAAAGCAAUGGCUUCAGGUCAAAUGUCUGCAACAAAAAUCAUGCAGCAAGCUCCACAGAAGGAAAGGGUUCUCGUGCAUAUGUGAAGUCAGCUCCGAAUGUUUCACACAACUCCCCAACAUUUGAUAGCCAGGAACAGACUUCAAAUCCAAAUAGAGGUCAGAUCACUGGUGGUGCAAAAAAUUACAAGCGUCCAUUUUCAUUAGGAUCUUCAUCAACUCAUGUCACCCAGUGGUCUGAGCAAAAGCCACCAAGACAUCAACAUACAAAAAGAACAAAUUUGGUGGAGGGGUCUUCAAUUUCCAAGUCUGUUGCUAAACGCGACUCUACUGAAAGCAGCGGCCAAGGUAUUCUAAGAUGCUCUUUCAACAAUAGUGCUUUCCAACAGAGCAGAUUAAAGACUGAAAAUAUCUCUUCUUUAGCUGCUUUAUCUGAAAGUGAGGAAUUGGGAGCUGCUGACAAGUGCAAGAACAAGAUCAAGAAACAAGGAGAUGCAGAUGAAAAAAUUGCACCUGUUUGUGAAAAGGUUGGAUCAUUGGUUUUGCCUCUAAUCAAGGAAAAAACUGUCACCAAAAAAGAAAGUGGAGAUGGUGUCCAGAGGCCAAGAAGGAGUGGGAGGGAUGGCACUCCUCUUAGAAUGAAUCCUCCUCUAAGUGGGAAACUUGAAAAUGCUGCAACAACAAAGCAACUAAGAAGCACAACGUUUGGUACUGAUAAACCUGUCGGUUUAUUCAGUAAGACAGAUCGAUCGCCAACAAAGAAAACUUCAUUGGAUCGAAAGCCAGUUACACAGCUGAGGUGUCCAAUGAACAGUGGACUGUCAUAUUUUCUUUCUAUGAAAAUUGAUAAUCAUUGUUCUAUAAUGUCAUAUGAUGUUAAUGUUUGGCCGGCAAUCUUUGUAGGGGAUUUGGAUGAUAGUGAAGAACUCCUGGCAGCUGUAAAUGCUUCAAAAAUUGCAAGUGAUGUUGCAUGCUCAGGACCCUUUUGGAAGCAAAUGGGACCAUUUUUUGCACCUCUCACUCGAGACGACCUAGAUUUUCUCAAGCACUUGGUUGAAGAGGUAGAGGAUGAUGAUGCAAUUCUGAUAAGUCCUCCUGCCAGUAAUCAAACUGGAGAGGCGGAUCUUGUCUGUAGUAUGCUGCCAGCAAACUCAAGUCCAAAUAUGUGUGUGGAUAAUGAGUCCCUGAACCCUUUUAUCAAUUUGAAUGCUAAAGAGGACAUCGAGAGACCUGGAAAAUUUAGAUGUUUUGACAGGAUGCUUCCACUUUCUCAAAGAUUGCUUUCAGCUUUAAUUGUUGAAGAAGAUUGUGAGGAAACACACAGAAAAUUGUAUGAUGGACCACAAGAUGACUGUCUUCAUCGCACAAGUGAGGAUUGUCCUCAUGGUAAUUGUACUCAGAUUGAAAGCGAUACUGAAAAUGCAGAGUAUAGAGGCUUGGAUGAACGACAUGCACAUAGAGGGCAAACUUUUGGAUUAAUUUCAAGCAUUGCUGCAUAUGACAUCCAAUCCCAAGAAAUGGACCUGGACCAACGAAUUUUAUUGGAACUCCAAAGCAUCGGACUAUUUCCAGAAUCAGUGCCAGAUCUAGCACACAGGGAAGAUGAGGAAAUAAAAAUGGAGAUUUGUAAGCUUAAGGAUGAGCUCCAGCAACAGGUAUCAAAAAACAAACGUCAUCUUCACAAAUUGGAAAAGGCUGUCUUCAAAAGACAAAAAGUUGAAGAAAGAGAGCGAGAGGUUCUUGCCAUGAACAAGCUAGUGGAAUCAGCAUAUAAUAGGCACAUGGGAUUGCGAGGCACCAAUGCAUCUGGUCGUAAGAGUGCGCAAAACAAAGUUACAAAGCAAGCUACUCUGGAUUUUGUUAAACGGACACUAUCUAAGUGUAGAAUGUUUGAAGAAACUGGCAAGAGCUGCUUUUCAGAUGCAUCUUUAAAAGAAAGAAUGUUCUCAAUAUCCUCAAAGGAGAUGGAUAAGAAGUUAAUUGGUGAUACUGUCAAAGGUGACACUGCAAAUGUUCUUGCUGCUCUUGGGACUACUCUACCUGGGGGGGCUAAAAGAAAGCGCACUACAAGAGAUAGAGAGGGUAAGGUGCAGACCAAAGAGAUCAUAACCAGAUCUAGCUCCACUAGGAGCGAUCGACCAGAUCUGGGCAAUGCCAAGGGUGAGGUGAAAAGCAAACUUAAACCAAGGCAAAAGACUGCUCAGUUGUCUGCUGCAGUAAAUGACCUUGGGAAGGUAGCUGGAGCACAAAAAUCAUCAUUGACGUCAAAUUUUUGGGAAAAACCUAGUGAUAAAAUGGUGAUAGUGAAAGAUGAAAUGCCUGCAUCACAGAAUUCAAUUGCUAAUGAUGAUGCUUCCGAUGAUAAUAUCCCCAUAGAUUUGUCACAUUUGACUGCUCAGUUGUCUGCUGCAGCAAAUGACCUUGGGAAGGUAGCUGGAGCACAAAAAUCAUCAUUGACGUCAAAUUAUUGGGAAAAACCUAGUGAUAAAAUGGUGAUAGUGAAAGAUGAAAUGCCUGCAUCACAGAAUUCAAUUGCUAAUGAUGAUGCUUCCGAUGAUAAUAUCCCCAUAGAUUUGUCACAUUUGCAACUCCCUAAUUUGGAAGACUUUGAUUCUUGGUUGAACUUUGAGGACGAUAGUUUGCCAGAUGCUGACAGUUAUUACAUGGGUCUUGCUGUACCAAUGGAUGAUCUAGCUGACCUGAACAUGUUCUGAGAACAAGAUGAAGCUGUGGUGCUGCUAUUGUGUAUUCUUUAAAACUUGAAGCUUUUGCUCAUUGGUUGGUUUAUGCUUUGGUGGGGUUGCUACUGGUUUUAGAUUUCUCCUUCACACAAGGCUCUACAGACAAUGAGGAUGAUAUUGCCAGUUUAAUUCAAAUUCCUAGAGGAAUUAAUGAAACAGAAUAGGAAUUCAAAUUGUCCAAUGCACAUAAUCUUUGAUAAAGAUUUAUAUAUCGGGGUUCUUUUAUGCUGGAAGCUAGGCUACAAAAUGCAUCCUAUGGUCGUUUGGAUGAUUGGGCUGUACAAUGUUCACUCCUUCAGAGGACGAUGUAUUUUCUACAUCCACACAGGCUUUACAGUUUACACUAUAUCGGGGUUCUUUUAUGCUGGAAGCUACAAAAUGCAUCCUAUGGUCGUUUGGAUGAUUGGGCUGUACAAUGUUCACUCCUUCAGAGGAUGAUGUGUUUUCUACAUCCACACAGGCUUUACAGUUUACACUAUAAGCUGCAUAGUGAUCCAUGGAUAUCAAAACACAGCUUUCCGAACAAGGAAUUUGGGCUUCCACAAUAUUGUGGAGAAAACAAGAACAAGUACUGUAAGAAGUAAAAGCUACAUUUGAAAAAUGUACAUGGUUUUUGUUCGUUUAAAAAAUGUUGUAAGAGUCAAUGAUGGGAAAUUCAUGUACUUCUUGUGCUAUUGUAACAUUUACUCUUUCAUUGGGCAUUGCUUGGCACUGUCACGUGCAAAUAACCUCACAAUUUUGUAGGCAAUAAAAAGUGCAUUCUUUUAGUCAAGAGAAUGGCAACCCUGCAAUUCCAGGGUAA